AUGGCAGCCGCAGUGUCCAUGCCCUCCAAUGUGGGCGUAGGCUCUUCAGGUCCUCAAAGAAGCGCUUCAAGCAUGUCGCGCACCACUUCGUCUCCUCUACCAGACUUGGGUCACUUACCGGACAACUUUGUGGACCAUCUACUCCUCAUCACCCAAUCUCUAGUCAACACCAAGCCACCCGUGGCGCUCAGAAGGCUGCAAGAUGCGGGACUGACGAGGAUCUCGCCCGCGGUCUCGACGCCGCCGGAACAGGAUGAUGUUGCCAAUGCUCCAGGUCAAGCUGCCGAAGAACUUGGGGAAUCAGAGGAUGGUGCAAGUGUCGGAAGCGAGUACGAAACCGCGCUUGGGCAUGGCUCACCUUCGGCUAAAAGAGCUUCCUUGCUCGGAGCAUCAGGGCCUAGCAAUGGGCUGCACAGAGCACAAGGGCCGGACUUGCAAGACCACAGUGAAGGUGUUGUCUCUUUACCGCUCCCGCGCUUUCACUUUGAUGACGGAGACUCGCGCACUCAGCAGAUCGAGUCGAACCUGGGUCGUCUAGUGGAGAGGCUUUGGAAAGCAGAGGAAGAUCUGGAAGAUGUACUGCUCAAGCAGGCAGCAGCUUCGGGUGUGAGCUCUGCGGGAGCACUUACAGGCGCAGUGUCUGGCCAUGCAAGUCCGCUGCCAAUCUUUGCAACGCAGCAUGCCGGUCUCGCGUCGGUGCAGCGCUCAGCGGGUGAUGUGUUGUCGCCCCACGCUUCUUCGCUACCAGCUGCUGCUUCAGCUGCUUCUUCGCCCAACGAGACUCGAACGGAGGCCAAGUCCUCGAUUUUGCCUGGCUUUCCUUACCCGCUGUCCGGCGCUCACCCUCAAUCUUCGACGUACCCCCUCUCCUACCCCCUGGGCAUGGGUCGCGAUGGACCGGUGCUCCUCACGCCAGCCAGAGGCACAGCUGAUGCGCCGGAAAAUGCAGUUGGAGCUUUCGAAAAGUACAGCGACGAGAGUGGUCUGAGCGCGCAGGAAGAGCUUCGACUGUUGAAAGCGCAAGUUCAGGACAUUGCCAGAGUGUGCAAAGCGGUUGCCUUUGGAGACCUUUCUCAGCAUAUCACCGUGCCCGUGCAGGGCCAUGUGAUGGUAGAGCUAAAGGACAUCAUCAAUCAGAUGGUGGAUCGACUAUCCACCUUUGCUGCUGAGGUCACUCGCGUCUCCCUCGAAGUGGGCACCCAAGGCAAGCUUGGUGGGCAGGUGGAAGUAGAAGGCGUGGAGGGUCGCUGGAAGGAGCUCAAGGACGUCGUCAAUCGACUUGCCGAGAACCUUACCACUCAAGUCCGAGGUGUCGCCUCAGUCACUAAGGCUGUUGCACGAGGAGAUCUUUCGAAGCAGAUCGAAGUAGAGGCAGAUGGCGAGAUCUUGGAGCUGAAGGUGACGAUCAAUGUGAUGGUCGAUCAACUGAGGCAUUUUGCCAACGAGGUAACCCGCGUGUCCAGAGAAGUAGGCAGUCGUGGCCAGCUGGGUGGACAAGCGCAUGUGCCAGGCGUGCAAGGAGUCUGGAAGGAAUUGACCGUCAAUGUAAACCGCAUGUGCUCCAAUCUUACCGAACAAGUCAGAUCCAUUGGUAUGGUCACCACUGCCGUCGCCAAGGGUGACCUGACCAAGGUCAUUGAUAUCGAGGCUGAGGGUGAAAUGGCCCAGCUCAAAGACACUGUCAACUCGAUGGUUGGCCAGCUCCGGGUGUUCGCUAGCGAGGUGGUCCGCAUGUCGAUGGAAGUCGGAACGUACGGCAAGCUUGGAGGCCAAGCUCAUGUUCCGAACGUUGAAGGCACCUGGAAGGACCUGACAGAGACUGUCAAUAAGAUGGCAGACAACCUCACGAGUCAAGUUCGAGAGAUCGCUCGCGUUACUAAAUGUGUCGCCGAAGGUGUGCUCACCGAGUUCAUCACUGUGGAUGUCAAGGGAGAGAUUCUGGAUCUCAAGAUGACAGUCAACAACAUGGUCAGGCAACUCAAGACGCUUUCUGAUGAGAUCAUCAGAGUAUCUGUCGAGGUCGGCACAGAAGGUAGACUUGGGGGUCAGGCCAAUGUGGACGAUGUGAAAGGACAAUGGCAAAUUCUCACCGAAAGAGUCAACAUGAUGGCCAGCAACUUGACGACGCAGGUACGAUCAAUCGCCACCGUCACUACAGCUGUCGCCCGCGGCGACCUUAGCAAGACGAUCAAUGUGGAAGUCAGAGGAGAGUUCCUCGACCUCAAACUUACUGUCAACAAUAUGGUCGAGUCACUUCGAACGUUCUCCACAGAGGUUACUCGUGUGGCAAAGGAAGUCGGAACCGAAGGCAAGCUGGGUGGUAGAGCCACUGUGCUCGGCGUUGGCGGAACAUGGAAAGACUUGACAGACUCUGUCAACACGAUGGCGGCGAAUCUCACGCUGCAGGUGCGAACUAUCGCCCACGCUACAACCGCUGUCGCUCGAGGCGAUCUCACCCAAAAGGUCACCAUUUCCGUAUCGGGAGAGAUUCUCGACCUGGUCAACACCAUCAACAACAUGAUUGACCAACUGUCGUUCUUUGCUUCAGAAGUGACCCGGGUGGCACGAGAGGUAGGAACCGAGGGCAAACUGGGUGUACAAGCACAAAAGAAAGAUAUCAAGGGCAAGUGGGCUGAAAUCACGGACAACGUCAACAUUAUGGCGAACAACCUCACGUCGCAAGUGCGUGCGUUCGCACAAAUCACCGCAGCUGCAACGGAUGGAGACUUUACCAGAUUCGUCACUGUCGAAGCCUCCGGAGAAAUGGAUUCGCUCAAGACUAAGAUCAAUCAGAUGGUCUACAGUCUGCGCGAUUCUAUUCAGAAGAAUACCGCCGCCAGAGAAGCAGCCGAGCUGGCGAAUCGCAGCAAGUCCGAAUUUUUGGCAAACAUGUCGCACGAGAUCAGGACACCGAUGAACGGGAUCAUCGGCAUGACUGCUCUCACACUCGAGACGGAGUUAUCUAGAAGUCAACGCGAGAAUCUUGUGACCGUCUCAACGCUGGCAGGCAACUUGCUUGCCAUCAUCGACGAUAUCCUCGACAUUUCCAAGAUCGAAGCGGGUCGGAUGAAUGUUGAAGAGAUUCCCUUCUCUCUGCGAAGCAUCGUCUUCAGCGUCCUCAAGACGUUGUCGGUCCGAGCGACCCAGAAGAAGCUCAAUCUGAUGUACGAAGUGGCAUCCGAGGUGCCUGACCCCCUCAUUGGUGACGCGCUUCGCCUCAAGCAAAUCAUCACCAAUCUGAUUGGUAACGCCAUUAAGUUCACUGAUGCCGGCGGACGGGUAGCGCUCAAGUGUACGCUGGCCAAGAUGCUUUCGCCAAGUUCGGCGCUCCUGGAAUUCUGCGCUUCCGACUCUGGUAUCGGUAUCAAGCAGGACAAGCUUGACGUCAUUUUCGACACCUUCUGUCAAGCUGACGGCUCUACGACCAGAAAGUAUGGUGGCACAGGCCUGGGCCUGUCUAUUUCGCGCAGAUUGGUCAACCUCAUGGGCGGUGACCUUUGGGUGAGGUCAAAUUACGGCAGAGGUUCCGACUUUUUCUUCACCAUGCUCGUCGAGCUGGACCGUGUGGAUGGCGAGCAGGUCAACGAAAAGAUGCAUCCGUACGUGGGCCGGAACAUUUUCUACCUUGACACCUUGCAUGACCGGACGGGUGUCCAAGGUAUGCUGGAGGAGCUUGGGCUCAAGGUGUUCACUGCACAUAGCGUUGAAGAAGCGGCUCAGCGUAAACGCAACAUGCCACGCAUCGAUGCCAUCAUUGCCGACUCACUCAGCGUCAUCGAAGAUUUGCGAACUGUCGAGCAUCUCAGAUACAUCCCGAUCAACUUGGUCUCUCCUUCGGCACUCACUCUGAACCUCACCUAUUGUCUCGACCACGGCAUCUCGUCCUACACCAACACGCCCAUCACACUCGCCGACCUGUUCGCAACCCUACUGCCAUCGCUCGAGAGCAGUGCAGCAGCCCCAUCAGAGGGCAACAACGAGGUGUCUUAUGACAUACUUCUGGCGGAAGAUAACGUCGUCAACCAGAAGCUGGCCUGCAAAAUCCUGCAAAAUCAAGGCCACAAGGUGGAUGUGGUAGACAACGGCCAAUUGGCAGUCAUGGCGGUCAAGAAGAGGAAGUACGACGUGAUCUUAAUGGACGUCUCUAUGCCGGUCAUGGGAGGCAUUGAAGCUACAAUUGCGAUUAGAGAAUUCGAGAGCACCCUGCCCACCGAUGACAGGGUCCCCAUCGUUGCCCUCACAGCGCACGCCAUGCUUGGCGACAAGGAGAAGUGCCUGCAGGCAGGUAUGAGCGCUUACGUCUCCAAGCCCAUUCGAAGAGUAGAGUUGAUCAGUACCCUGCAUUCCCUCUUGUCUGCCAAGAAGGGUGGGCCGAGAUCAAGACCCCAGUAG